AUGAGGAGCUUCACCGUGGUAACAGCUUCAUUUCUCUGCUGCAUCAGCUGGAUCUCUGUCUCAGUGUCCCAGUCUCAGACUGUGGACGUCCAGUCUGGUGAAGACGUCACACUGCAGUGCUCCAACAUUUCCAGAAGUCCAACUCAGAUGGAGUGGUUCAGACUGGUCAACAGAACCAAAGCCAGCUGUAUCUCCUCUAUGUACAAAGCUGAAAAUGAAGCUUCAUUCUGUGAUGGAUUUCAAAAUAGAUUUGAAAUGAGCUCCAACAUCUCCAAUGUCUUUCUGAAGAUCAAGAGAGUGGAUUUAUCUGACUCUGGACUGUAUUUCUGUGGAUUUUACAAAGACACACACACAGUCAUCACCGAUACAAUACAUUUAUAUGUUCAAGGUGAUAAUGAAUCUGAUUAUGAAGAGGAUUGUAACUCUGAAGAAGUGCCUGGUGGAAUGACAAACCUGAUGAGUGUGGUGCUGGGGGGUCUGACUGUUUUCCUCACUAUAGUGGUCAUUGUUCUGGCUGUUAAACUUCGGACAGCAGCAAAUGAAGAACCGCGUCCUGGAAGAAACAAGAAUCUGGGCUCUGAAGACCUGAAAUCUGCAGCAGCUCUGAGGCUCCUUUCAAAGACAAUGAGAAACAGGAGACCUGCAUCUGAGAGAGAAGUGGAAACUCAUGUUGUCUAUGAUGCCACCAGAUAG